AUGUCCUCGGUCGCGCCCGCGCGCGAUUCGCCCGCGCACGGCAACGCCGCACGCGCGCCCGGGGGUGAAGCCGCGACGACGACGACGGUGGCGGUGAUGUCCGCGUCCGUCGCGCGCGCGAGCGUCGUGGACGUCGCGCGUGGACGUGGGCGCGCGCGACGAAUGGCGCGCGCGCGAACGACGGUUACCGCGGCGCGCGCGGGCGAACGCGUGACGUUGCACUACUCGAUGACGCUGGGCGACGGCACGGUCGUGGACGACACCCGGGGCGAGGCGCGGGGCGGACGACCGGUGAUCGUCACCGUGGGUGACGGGGCGCUGUUUCCAAAGAUUUCAAAAGAAAUCGAGUCGAUGGCGAUCGGGGACGCGCGCACGGUUCGUCUCGCCGCGGAGGAGGCGUUCGGGGCGAGAGAUCCGGGUAAGGUCCAACGGUUUCCGCUGUCGCCGGAGGAGGCGAAGGCGUUGGGCGAGCGCGCGCGACCGGGUCAGCUCGUGGAGCUCCCGGACGGCGGACGCGCGCUCGUGCUCGAGCUCGACGACGCCGGCGUCGCGCUCGAUUUGAACCACCCGCUCGCGGGGCAAGAUUUGACGUUUGAGAUCGAACUCCUCGACAUCUCCGAGGGGGCGACGAUUUUUGGCGUUCCCAUGGUGAACUUCACCCCAGGGUCGACGUAG